AGUAUUGAUCCGAAAGCCAUUGCUCAGUACCGUGCUGUUGCUGGGGCACGGGGAGAUGCAGGUUGCAUCUAUUUGCCCUGCUUUACUUCGACCAGCAUCAAGUGGGAAGUUGCAAAGAACUUUGCAGGGAGGGAAGGUUGGGUUUGGAUCAUGGAGGGCAUCAAUAACUCUUCGAGCCACGCAGACAUCACGAAGAAGUCGGCUUAUGGCGCCAAAGAGGCGGAGGUUCUCCUUUGCCCGAAUAUGUGCUUCCGUGUCCAGGGCUUAGAUGAAAAGAAGCAGAUCCUCUAUUUGAAGUUCGAGCAUGAGGAGGAUGUGCUUGAUGAGAAGUAUGCGGAGACCGUGGAAGGCGACGACCCAGAUGACUCAGAUGACUCUGGCAGGUGA